AUGGCUUCAAAUGGAACUUCGUUACCUCUCCGAAAUGGCUCGAGCACUGCUCCGCAGCUAAAUCGUGCCGAUGAAGUUGAUGAUCUUCUUAAAGCUGUUCAAUCUCUCAUUAUUCCCUUCAUUCGGUCCGCUGAUGAAGAUGCAAGCACCAAGCCGGCAGGACACGGACUUGCCAUCGCUGGAGGAGGCCCCCGAACCUCCCUUGUUGAACACCAUAAACCCGAAAAACUUCUGAGCCUGAUGGACUUUCAGCUCCCUGGAAGUGGUAAAGGAAAAGAGGGGUUGCUUGCAACUGUCGAACAAGUGCUCAAAUACAGUGUCAACACUUGGGACCAAGGAUUCUUGGACAAAUUGUAUGCUAGCACAAAUUCUGUGGGGGUCAUCUCCGAGCUUCUGUUGGCUGUGUUGAAUACAAAUCUUCACGUUUUCCAAGUAUCACCAGCUCUCACCGUAAUUGAGAAAAUCACCGCAAAGACAUUUGCAAACUUAUUUGGAUUCAAUAGUCCUCAUGCUGGAGGCAUCUCUUGUCAAGGUGGCAGCGCCUCAAACAUGACAUCAAUUGUCAUUGCUCGCAACAAUUUGUAUCCCGCCAGCAAGACUGCGGGAAAUGCAAACCACAAGUUCGUCCUCUUUACAUCCGCCCAUGGCCAUUAUUCCCUGGAAAAAGCCGCCCAAAUGCUGGGCAUCGGAUCUGACAACGUCGUUUCCGUCCCGAUCGAUUCUCAAGGACGAAUGAUUCCAUCUGAGCUGGAGAAUCUCGUGCAGAAGACGAAAGAUGAAGGAAAGACGCCAUUUUAUGUCAACGCCACAGCAGGGACCACAGUACUGGGCUCAUUCGAUCCUUUUAAAGACAUCUCCGCCGUAUGCAAACAACACAACCUUUGGCUGCACGUUGAUGCUAGCUGGGGCGGACCUGUGAUUUUUUCUUCCAAACAAAAGCACAAGGUUGCUGGAGUUGAACUCGCAGACAGUCUGGGAGUCAACCCGCAUAAGAUGAUGGGGGUACCUAUCACCUGUUCUUUCCUCCUGGGUCCUGAUCUCACCAAAUUCCACAAAGCGAAUACACUUCCUACGGGGUAUCUAUUUCACGAGGACAAUGCAGGCGGAGAGAUUUGGGAUCUGGCUGAUCUAACUCUGCAGUGCGGACGAAGAGGUGAUAGCUUGAAGCUUGCGUUGAGCUGGAUCUAUUACGGCAGUGAAGGUUUCGAAAGGCAGGUCAACAACGCUUUCGACAUCGCUUCUUACUUCGCCACUGAAAUUUCUCAUCGGAAGGACUUUGUCCUGGUUUCGGAAAAUCCACCUCCAUGUUUACAAGUGUGCUUUUACUUUGCAAGAGAGGGUAAAUUGGCAGCGAGCCCAGACGAGAACACGAAAGUCACAAGUGAGAUUGUGCGACGGCUAAUACCGAGAGGAUUCAUGGUCGAUUAUGCGCCUGGCGAGAAAGGGUCAUUCUUCAGGGUUGUUGUCAAUCGAGAGACUACACGAGGAACAAUUGAUGGCUUGAUCAAAGCUAUUGAGGAGGUCGGAAACGACGACUUAUGAGCUAGAUGGGUAAAGCCAUCUUUCGAUCCUGGCCUUUUGGUCAAUGGUGAUUAUGAUGGUACUUUGCCCAGGUGAAGAUAUCGGUCCAAUGCGUGUCAAAGCGAAUGCGGAGGAGUUUUCCAUUCAGUGCUUCGUGGCUUGAUAUUUGACCCUGCUAGGAAUGCUGCCAAAAUAGAUAUGUCUCGUUCUGACAUGGUCUGGCCUCUUCGGUCUCCUGCCGCCUGAAUUCGACACGGAAUGUCUAAUUUAAAAGAUAUCCCAAUUCAUUAUUAAACUGUCG